CUUGACUGCGUCUCUCCUUUCGUUGGCUGUCUGUAUAGGUACAUGUAGUUCAGUGCCCAUGAUGCCUGACUUUCCCGCCAUUGCCUCGCCGGCCCUCAAGCACAACGACGGUCCGGGCGAGUAUGACCACUUGGACCUCGACGCCGACUUUUCUACCCACGCCGCCGCUCCCCCGCCUCCCCCUCUUGUCACCCCCGCGCUCACGCCGCCGCACACGCCCUUGGCUCAUGGCCAUCGACACGACAGACUGCCACCGAGUGUGCCGCAUCGGCACAAUGAUGCUCUCGCGGACGAUGCAGCGGCUCCCAAGCUGCUCGAGGAGAUUCCCGAAGUGACUUGCGAGGUGCGCGCCAGGAUCCCCACGACGACGGGCCAGGAGAUGUUCCUGCAUCUGUACCACAACAAUGUCGACAACAAGGAGCACAUGGCUAUCGUGUUUGGCCCGCACAUUCGCAGCCGGACGCUGGACGCCCCCAGGCCCGGCGAAACGGAACGAGACCGCAUGAUCAGAGGCGCAUACACGGGCACGCUGUUUCCCGGCCGCACACACAGUAGACUCGACCAGAUCCGCAAGGACGCCGGCGUUUCCGUGCGGCCACUGUCGUCCGCUCCGCCCGAGGGCACUCCCAAGCCAUCCUCGACAGAAGUCUCGUCAGGAGAGUCAACAGCGCCAGAGGCAGAUCCAUGGGGUUACUCCUCCUAUCCGGCCAAUCUAGGCCCGCCGUUGGUGCGAAUCCAUUCCGAGUGCUACACAGGCGAGACUGUAUGGUCUGCGCGAUGCGAUUGCGGAGAACAACUAGACGAAGCGGCACGGCUCAUGUCGUUGCCUCCACCUACCGCGCCAAGCACCCCUACCACAGAAGAGCCACCUGCCCGUCUACCGUCUUCAGGAGGAGUAAUUGUGUACCUGCGGCAAGAAGGGCGGGGCAUUGGACUUCUUGCGAAGCUGCAAGCGUAUAAUCUACAAGAUCUUGGACACGACACAAUGGAAGCCAACAUCUUGUUGCGACACCCAGGCGACGCGCGAUCCUACGGGCUUGCGACAGCAAUACUGUUAGAUCUUGGACUCGGUGGUGACCGGGGAAUUCGGCUGCUUACAAACAACCCGGAGAAGAUCCGAGCGGUCGAAGGACCAAAUAGGGAGGUGCGAGUGGUAGAGCGCGUGCCUAUGAUACCAAUAGCAUGGAAAACGGGCGGCAAAGAAGGCAUCAACAGUCCCGAGGUUGAAAAAUAUAUUUCGACCAAGAUCGAGAAGUUCAAACAUAUGUUCUCGAGCUAAGGUCUCGGGGAGCUGAGCAAAGAUGAAGCACCUUCCGGGGGCGACUACUGCAGUCCUAACCACCUGGAGGUGAGAAGAACAGCCAUCACAGAGGGGCGAUCAGCAACUUGGAGAAUCCUCGUGACAAUCACGCCGUGCCGCUGCGAAGAUGCGUAAGCUGUUGUGCAAUAACGCAACUUCAUGAGAGCUCGAUUCUGAGCCUAGACUCGUGAGUCUGGACGGGCUGAUGGUGAGGCCUCUGAAGGGCAAUUGGCUGUCCUGGAAUCGUCUGUGCACAUGCAUUGUGCGCAGAGUACAACUGCCGGGUAUCGCCACCCGUGCGAGAGACCAAGGUUAAGCUUGACAUAGUUUUGUACAUACUGUACAGUUCUGGGGAUCCACUGCCGAGUUUCGCACUUCGCCCCAGCAUUACCACGUGCAGCGCAAUUCCUGAAAUCCGUUUUUGGCAAUGUGUCUUAGCCUGGAAUGCAGGACAGCAAGAUUUGCUCUGGGCGUAAUGCGAAGACGUCGACACCGCAGUUGUUUCAGGUAUUGACCUAUAGAUUGACGAGGCUACUGAUUCUAUGGCAGCCUUUCGUGUAGGUGUAGCUGCAGAGUUGUAGCGCUUGGACGCUGAAAAAGUCGCGAUUGUCAACUGCAAUGAACUGCUCGCUUUGUCUGGAAACAUCACCAGAAGCGGAAAAUGGCUCUCCUCUAUUGUCUCGCACCGCAGUUCUCACUCAACUCUAGCAAAGCUCUUGACAUACAGGACGAAGUGGCCCCUGACAGCGCAUGAUGAUCAUCCCGAGUCUCGCAGAUGUGGCCAGGGCCUUGAAAGGAGCCUUCAACACUACGACGGCAUUAUCAGUCUCCUCGUCGCCACUCGUGACACAGUCGGAAAACCUGCCAGGAAGAAGCAGGGCUGCAAGCGGAGGCAGAGUAUCGGCUCUGCUACAGGCAGCCUUCGGCGCAGAUUGGAAGCAGUCUGAUAUACAGCAGACGGAUGGGAUAUCAGAGGAGAUAGAGAAACGACAGACAUCUGUAAAAGUCGGAGUGCCAUUCGCUACGACCCGAACGUAUGAGAGCAAGACCACCAGCACAAUCGUACUCACCACUACACAAAACGGCAUCCCUCGGACCUCCUCCAGCAGUAAUGUGGCCACGGUGACGCAGACGGUGACCGAAUCUGCCACUACAACGAAUGCUAGUAGCUCAGGGACCACUGCUUCAGCAAGCCUGACAGGAACGACGACAGCGAAUGCAUCGACACCGGUCUCUACCGUCACUGCGCCAUUGGCGACGUCUCCUCCCACCUGUCCGGACGCCUCCUUGGACCAAUUCACAGACAGCACUGGAAUAUCAUACCUGAUCAAGUGCUCGACCACGAACUCUGCUUCAGCCUAUGAACUGAUCAAGGUCACUACUGGUGGAUAUGGACAAUGCUUCGCAUCUUGUUCCUUUCGCGGCGACUGCGUCGGCUUCUCGUUUGUCGGCACUGAUUCCGGAAUCUGCUAUCUGAGAAACGUCCAAUCUUCCAACGACGACGAAACGGCACUGGUCAGCUCCUACGUGACUUGCUACAAAGUCGACCCCUCUGCAGUCGCAACCAGCAGCAGCACAUCCACUCCUUCCAAGUCAAACAAUAUCGGUGCCAUUGCCGGUGGAGUAGUCGGCGGAGUUGUAGCUCUCGUUGUCCUGCUCGGUUUGAUAGCAUUCUUCGUCCGCCGACAUAGGAAAAAAGUCGAUGCGCGACGCGAAGAGCGUCGUCAGAUUGAAAUUGUGCCUCCUCGGCAGUACUAUGAUGGCUUUCAUCAGAAUACGACAGGAGGAGGAGGGGGAGGAGGAGGACAACAUCUUCGAUCGAGCAGCAGCACUGCAAAUGGAGUUUACGAAGGUUUCUCGCAGCGUCCCAUCGAUUUGAACCACACGAAGAAGAGUGCUGAUCCCUUCGGCACCGGACGCACAGCCGAGCGAAUCUAUCCACCGCGACCGUCAUAUGCGGUUGAACCGGGUGCCCGAGCGCAAGAUGUUGGAGCUGCAAAAGCUGGUGUGUUGAGACUGCCUCAAAUGCUGGAUGGCACGCCUAUCGGACCAAGGUCUGCUGUUCCGAAAAGUGGCGGCGGUGGUGGCUCUAGAACGAGCAUGUUUGUGGAGAAUAUGGUUGAAUUGGAAGCGAGGGUCGCCCGGCCUCAGCCCUUCCCAGGGCCAGGACUCGCCUGUUCUGGGACGUGGAAGCACCAAAUCGGAAGCGAGGGAUGUGCGACAUGGGCAUGUAUUGGAUUGGAAUAGGCCUGAUGGGGAUGAUGCGCCCAUGUCUGCCAAUUUGACUCCACAUCACACUGCCAUCGGCGAGCGUGAGACCCGCAGGUGAGAUGUGUCGAAGCCCGUGCUGGCCAAGUCAAUACCGGGAAAGAUCAUCUGAGUAGAGGCCAGUAUCAGAAACGCUCGGUAGUGGUAUUGUACAUGAGGUUAGCUUCAGAAGUUUGCGUGUACACACAGAGAGAGAGAUAGCAAUCAAUGGAAUCGAUCCUUGCUCCCAGCAUGAGGAUAAUAGCCUCCGCCAAACUCCAAACUUGCAUGGGAGAACGUGUCUUCGCGAACCAGUUUCCACGGACUAAACCAUCCACUUUCGUAAAUCUUGACCUCGAACGUCGCGUUGAAGCUCUGCCCCAGGUAAUUUUCUCGAUGGCCCUCGGGGAAAGGUGAUGUCAACGAGAAGAACGUCUGUCGCGGCGCGGAAGCCUUGACCACCAGCUUUUGCGUGAAAUUCUGCACGGUCAAUUCGAAUGUUCGAUCAUCCCAACUCUCACGAUAGCUCAGGAAUGGCGACAGACCCGCCAGGCGCAGGGCGAAGGGAGGUUUGAAGUCGAGAUUCAUGUCUUUGCUGCGGUAGCCGAGGAGGAAAGCUUCCAUUCCGAGAAUUUGACCUCCUGCACAGCAGAAGCUUGAGUCGCCAUCCCGAGCUUGAAGCCACAUGUGGGCGGAUGGGAAUGAUGUGGCCCAGUUCUUCUCAUCGUGCACUAUCGCUUGGCCUGAGGUGUCUUCAGCGGGGAGAUUGUAAUCUGAGAUGGUCAUUGAGUAGUCGCAUCCAGAAGCCAGCGAGUGUACAUGCCAAUGGAGCGGCAAUGGCAGGUUGACCAACAAGCCCUCGGGUGUAUCAUUAGAGCCCCAGGGAGUCCGAGAAGUGGUCUUGGCUUUCAAGGUGAAGUCAGUAUGUUGGAUAUCAUACUCGGUAUGAUCCUCGAACCACCGGACAUGGCCAAUGCCAGGCACGUCGAUCCUGAAUCCCUUGUCCUCCAAGCUGGGUUCCUGCUUCAUGUCUUCGGUGAAAACCUCCCUCUGGUAGUAUCCGGCCGGGUCGUCCUUUGGGACGUAGGUAAAGGACAGCAUAUUGGGCUUCUGCCUGGCAUUUCGGACUUCACACAGAAUCAAGGCCACAUGUGCUCCUGAUGGCAGAUCGAACUUGCUGUAGUACCCUUCGAAAGCGGCGCCUGGAUGUGGGCGGUGAUGUUCCAUGACUUUCACUUACUGGUGCGGGAGACGCUCAAAGGACAUAUGAGUGUACAUGUAGGUAUGUAUGGUAGUAGACGACAGCC